AUGUCUUCUCCAGACUCUCCGUCCGUCGACUUUCUUCACCAGCGAAUCAAACGCAAGUUCGAAGAUUACGACGACGACGAAUACGACGAUCUCUCCUACGACUUACCCGCCUUCAGGAUGAGAAAGGAUGAUCCUAACCCUAAUUCUCCUCCCGCCACCGCUUCCAGUAAUCCUUUCCUUGAUCAAAUCACUCGUCAGCACCCUCACUUCCAAACUAGGGCUUCUACUUCCAGUUCCAGUUCCACCCAAGACUCCGCCUUCUUAUGGUAUCCUGAUCGUAUCCAAUUCUUCGUUCGUAUGAUUUCCGAAAGCAAAACCUUAGUUCUCCAUGGAAAACCAGACGACAAAGUCAAAUUAAUCCACGAGAAAAUCCAGGCCGCCACCGGAAUUCCGAUGGUCGAGCAGCGUUUGAUUUAUCGAGGCCGGCAGCUUCAGUGGGAUUAUAGUUUGGCUGAGUGUAAGAUAAAUAACGACGCAGGCUUGCAUUUGGUUGGUCGAAUGCGGAGUACGGAGCAUCCGCAAGCGUGGCAGUUGAUUGAUGAUUUGGUUUCGACGAUUUACAGGUUGUGCAAAGGAGAAAAGGGCCUUUGUCUGAAGUCUGUGAAAUCGCGGUUAACAGAGUUCUUGAACAUGACUGCCAAGUAUGAUAUCGGGGAUGAUCAACCGGCGCCUCAUCUGAAUAUAUUUCAAUCAUUAUGUGCUCCAGCAGCACUGAUGAUGCUCUACAUGUCGCCUCAUGCAGGUAACAAAGAGUGUGCUCAAGAAUCAAUUCGACAUCUCCUUACUUCUAGUAAAGAUACACUGUCAAGACCUAUAUAUUCACAGUGUGCACCUAUAGCAUUAGAGUUCUGUAAAUUGCUCUGUAGAGUUUCAGGAAGAUCAGAUCCUCUGUAUGAAGAUUGCCGGAGUAGUCUAGGAUCAAUGGUGGAGUACCUUAGAAUUGGAAGAAGCUCUCGGAAUUAUGAUAACAGUAGUAAUAAGCCUGUAAUCAUUACAGUUCAGGACAUUCUUCCAUAUGUGGCUGAGCUUGCAAACAACCUAACAGAGGGUUUGAUUUCCAGUGUGGAAGCCAUAGAUGAUGUCUGUCCUUCACCAAGUGAUGUCCUUGAGUUUGCUUCAUUCUUGCGUCCUCUCAAGGCUGCAAUCAAAGAUCAGACAGAGUUUGAGGGAAUCAUACCAAUACCAAAGAGCUACUUAGCUACAGAAAAGAAAGGAUACUUCGGAUGGGAUUCUUAUCUUUCAAUCUUGAAGGAACUGCGUAGCAUUUCCAAACUAUAUCAAGGUGCAGAAGAUUUCUUUUGGGAAAAUCUGAAAAGGAACAAGGUCUCAAUAUGCUAUCUGAUUGUUAAAUAUGCUAAAAGAGGUGAGGAUUACAAAUGGAUUCUUGGACAUAAAGAUCUUAUCGACUUUGAAUCCAGAAGGCAUUUAGUAUUAAUGUUGCUUCCAGAAAUGAAAGAUGAAUAUGAUGAGCUUCAUGAGAUGCUUAUUGACAGAUCUCAGUUAUUAGCUGAAUCUUUUGAGUACAUUGCACGUGUAGAUCCUGAAACUCUUCGUGGUGGAUUAUUCAUGGAGUUCAAAAACGAAGAAGCUACAGGUCCUGGUGUAUUACGUGAAUGGUUCUUCUUAGUUUCUCAAGAAAUCUUUAAUCCCCAAAAUGCCCUUUUUGUUGCUUGCCCUAAUGACCGAAGAAGAUUCUUCCCCAAUCCAGCAUCUAAAGUGGACCCAUUGCACCUUGAAUACUUCAACUUUGCAGGAAGAAUAAUCGCAUUAGCCCUAAUGCACAAAAUCCAAGUUGGAAUUGCAUUUGAUCGAUCAUUUUUCUCACAAUUAUCAGGAAACACCAUUUCUUUAGAAGACAUAAAAGAUGCAGAUCCAUACUUAUACAGCAGCUGCAAACAGAUAUUAGACAUGGACCCCACUACAGUUGACGAAGAUGCCCUUGGGUUAACAUUCAUUAGAGAAAUUGAAGAACUAGGAUCAAGAAAAGUUGUGGAGCUUUUUGCAGAUGGAAAGAACAUUGUUGUGAAUAGUAGAAACAGGAAGGAGUAUGUUGAUCUUCUUAUUGAACAUAGGUUUGUGACAUCUGUUUCAGAACAGGUGUCUUAUUUUGCUAAAGGGUUUACAGAUAUUGCUGGAGAUGAAAAAAUAAGGAAAUUGUUUUUCAAAAGCUUGGAAUGUGAAGAUCUUGAUGGAAUGUUAUAUGGAAGUGAAAGUAUUAUUUCAGUGGAAGAUUGGAAGAAGCAUACUGAGUAUUAUGGGUAUAAGGAAACUGAUCCUCAAAUAUCAUGGUUAUGGGAGAUUAUUGAAGAAAUGACAGGGAAUCAAAGAAAGGUGCUUUUGUUCUUUUGGACAUCUUUAAAGCAUCUACCAAUAGAAGGUUUUGGUGGAUUAGCUUCAAAGCUUUAUAUAUACAAAACCAAUGAUUCAAUAGAGCUUCUUCCAUCUUCUCACACAUGUUUUUAUCGAAUUUGUUUCCCAUCUUACCCUUCAUUGGAUAUCAUGAGAGAACGCCUAAAUAUCAUCACUCAAGAUCAUGUGGGAUGCAGCUUUGGAACAUGGUGAAAAUAAACAAAAAGAAAAAAGAAAAUUGAAAUUUUGAGGUAGUUUGUUUGUUCUCUGUUUGUAAAGGUAAUAAUAGAGUAAAUUUAUGUUGGGAGUUUACUGUUUUGACUGAGUUGACUUGACUGUUGUUAGGUCUUGGGGUAUAUCAUGUCUAUAACUAGGUAUAUAACUAUAUAUAUUAUGAAUAAAGAUUGGAAGUAGGUGGGUUUUUUCUUAUGUUUUAAAUGCAUUAUCUUUGGUUAUUGUUGGGGAUUUUUUUAUUUUUUUAUUUUUUUUAUAAGAGCAAAAUAUAUAGGAUAAUAGGAA